UAUCGGAUUCGCUUUUCCAGGCAGAGGAGGCUCAUCUCUUACACAGUCUCUAGGGCUGAGAAAACAGAGGUACUCAGCGAAGACCUGUUGCAGAUUGAGAGACGUCUUGACACUGUGAGAUCUGUUUGCCACAUUGCACAGAAGCGAUUAAUCGCGUGUUUUCAGGGCCAGCAUGGUACAGAUCCUGACAAGAGGCAUAAAAAACUUCCUCUAACAGCUCUUGCUCAGAACAUGCAGGAAGGGUCUGUCCAGCUGAGCGAUGAAACUCUGUUGGGGAAAAUGCUCGAUACAUGUGGCGAUGCAGAGAAUAAACUGGCAAUGGAGCUCUCUCAGCAUGAAGUACAGAUCGAAAGAGAAGUCUUAGAUCCACUGUAUCUACUGACAGAGACCGAGAUCCCAAACAUUCAGAAGCAGAGGAAACAGCUUGCAAAGCUGGUGUUGGACUGGGAUUCUGCGAGAGGAAGGUAUAACCAAGCCCACAAGACUUCCGGAACAAAUUUUCAAGUGCAUCCUUCAAAAAUAGAGUCUCUUAAGGAAGAGAUGGACGAAGCUGGAAACAAAGUGGAACAGUGCAAGGAUCAACUAGCAGCAGACAUGUAUAACUUUGUGUCCAAAGAAGGGGAGUACGCGAGGUGUUUUAUUAUGUUAUUAGAAGCACAAGCAGAUUACCAUAGAAAAGCAUUAGCAGUCAUAGAAAAGGUCCUACCCGAAAUUCAAGCCCAUCAAGACAAAUGGACUGAAAAACCAGCUUUUGGAACUCCAUUAGAAGAGCAUCUCAAGCGCAGUGGUCGUGAAAUCGCAGUCCCUAUAGAAGCCUGUGUGAUGAUGCUUCUGGAAACGGGAAUGAGAGAGGAGGGCUUAUUCAGAAUUGCUGCCGGAGCCUCCAAGUUAAAAAAGCUGAAAGCUGCCUUGGACUGCUCAACUUCCCAGCUCGACGAGUUUUAUUCCGAUCCCCACGCUGUUGCAGGUGCCUUGAAAUCCUAUCUGCGAGAGUUGCCAGAACCUUUAAUGACCUACAGUCUCUAUGAAGAGUGGACACAAGCUGCAAAUAUUCAGGACCAGGAUAAGAAGCUACAAGAGUUGUGGAGAAUUUGUAAUAGAUUACCUAAGCAUUAUCAUGCUAACUUCAGGUAUUUAAUCAAAUUUUUAGCAAAGCUUGCACAGAACAGCGAUGUUAACAAAAUGACUCCCAGCAAUGUCGCGAUAGUCUUGGGCCCCAACUUGCUAUGGGCAAAGAAUGAAGGAUCCCUUGCUGAAAUGGCAGCAGCGACUUCAGUCCAUGUGGUAGCAGUUAUUGAGCCAAUUAUUCAGCAUGCAGACUGGUUCUUCCCUGGAGAUCAGGAUUUCAAUGUGUCCGGGGCAUUUGUGGCCGUUCCUGCUGUUAAUUCCAAUCACUUGUCACACACUGGGAACGAAUACGAGUCAGGCACACUGGAGCGGAAGAGGCCUGUCAGCAUGACUGCGAUGGAAGGGGAUUUGUUGAAGAAGGAAAGCUUUGGUGUGAAGGUUAUGGACUUCCAAGCGAACCCUCGGAGGUGUGGCACUAUAAAUAGAAAGCACACAUCCCCGGCUUUCCAGCCACCACUUCCACCCACGGAGGCUGGCGCGCUGGCUCAGUCCGGGGCGGAGCAGCACUCCCAAGCUUCUGGGGCUGAAACAAGCCCGGUGGGUGCUGGUUUUGCUCUCUCUGCUGGCACAGCAGAACAGUUGCAAAGUCAAGGAAAUGAGGAUGGCAGCACCUCAAAAUCUAAGGACAACACGUCUUCGGCUACUCCUCCACCUGUGAGAAACGGUGGGCACGCGGGCACUGCGCAGAACCAGUCAUCAAGUAGCGCUAAUCAGCUUGCUGUUAAUCAGCCCCAGAAUGCGGCAGGUCCCAGUCCCCAUUCCAUGAGGAGAGCCGUGAAGAAGCCUGCGCCGGCCCCUCCCCCCCCGCCGGGGCAGCCGGGAGGCCAGAGUUGUGCCCCAGCUCCUCAGCCGCCCUCCGUCUCUCCAAAACCCCCCACUAGAAGUUCUUCUCCUCCUGCUCAACAUGCAAACCAAGGAGCGGCCCAGACCUCCGCUUCCCAGGUUUCUGCACCUCGGAGAUACUCCAGCAGUCUGUCCCCGAUACAAGCUCCCAGCCAUCCGCCCCCGCAGCCCCCAACCCAGGCUACUCCUCCUCCGCAGCCCAAAUCCAGCAGCCAAGCAGCUCCUCCUGCGCCCGGCGGCGAGCACGGACCCGAGCAGCCCUGUUACACUCCUCCGCAGACUCCCACACCACCCGAUACACCCCCUCUAGCAAAACAUACUACUAGUUCCCCGUCGUCACAGCCGCCGCCGUCGGCUCAGGAAAGCUCUCCUCCACCUCAGGGUACCGGCACGCUGCCGCGGCCACGGCCGGUACCGAAACCCAGGAACCGACCUAGCGUCCCCCCUCCGCCUCAUCCGCCUUCACAGCCGGCGGGAGAUGGCGUCAUCGCAAAUCCCACGCAAACAGCUUCCAAAGUAGUAACAGACUCUAAUUCCAGUAUUCAAGAACCACUUCAAACCCCUCCUUCAGAGCUUCUUACAGAGGCGGCGAGCAAAGAACUGCACAACCACCUCAUGCUCGAUCUCGACAAUGAUACGGAAAGCACCGCUCUGUAG